AAACGCAAAUGUUUCACAUUUCGCACAAGAAAAGAAACGCCGAGAGAGAAAGAAAAGAGAGCGCAAGAAACUCCUAUGCAAACCGUAACAAUGGUGGUCGAAGACGCACCCAAGACUUCAGCUUCCGAAGAUCAGGCCAAGACCGAGGCGCACCUUAUGCCGAGGGCGGAGGACGACGACGAGACCGAAGAAGGAGAGAUCGUUGGCGAUCAAGAUUCGGCUUCUUCGAAGCCGUCGAAAGGAAUAGCGCCGCAGUCACACCCUCUGGAGCACUCCUGGACCUUCUGGUUCGAUAACCCCGCCGCCAAGUCCGCCAAGCUCAAGCAGGCGGAUUGGGGUAGCACCAUCCGCCCGAUCUACACCUUCUCUACCGUCGAGGAGUUCUGGAGCAUUUACAACAAUAUACGUCGUCCGAGCAAUUUGAAUAUGGGGACCGAUUUCCAUUGUUUCAAAUACAAAAUUGAGCCAAAGUGGGAGGAUCCUGUUUGUGCUAAUGGAGGAAAGUGGACUGUCACUUAUCCUAAAGGGAAAUCUGAUACCCCUUGGUUGUAUACGUUGCUAGCAAUGAUAGGAGAACAGUUUGAUCAUGGAGAUGAAAUCUGUGGAGCAGUUGUCAAUGUCAGAACUAGGCAAGAAAAAAUAGCUCUUUGGACCAAGAAUGCAGCAAAUGAAGCUGCUCAGCUGAGCAUUGGGAAACAAUGGAAGGGGUUUCUGGAUUGCAAUGAAACUAUUGGAUUCAUAUUUCAUGAGGAUGCGAUGAGACAGGAGAGAGCUGCCAAGAAUAAAUACGUAGCCUGAUGUGUAUGGUGUUGUUCUUUGGUAGCGCUCAAUGCUGUCCAAACUGCAACAGCAUUCUAUACUAGCAUGCAGAGUAACUUCUGACUAAUGUUUGCUCUCUUCGGGCCUCGUACGUUUACAAUUACGGAUUUUAGACGACUUCGUAUUUUCGGUUUAAGAUGUGAAUGUGCUACAACGGAUGAGUUAUAUGACUGAGUUUGUUGAGUUGUUUA